CAGCUUCCACAAAGUUUGAUUGUUUAGGAAAUGGACGACUCAGCAUGGUCGUGCCAUGGCGUACACCAUGUUGUUCACAGGCAAGAUCAUCGGUCGGCCAGUAUUGGCAGGAAAUUUGAGAGGAGUAUCUCCGCAAGGACAUGGCCAGUCGUACCGUCGAAACUCGGUGCUUGUGUGCCUUCGUGAGUUGGCCUGUUGCAUGGUCCGUAGACUUCUCCAGUUGUGAUCUUGUUAUUGCAGUUCCAAUUCCAUCUUUUACGCGCUGUCGACGCUGAAACGAUAGCAAUUAGCUAUGGCUGCCAAGUCAACGAGAUCUGGAUCGUAUCCCAUCCAGUCGCAGGACUACACUCCGCAUCCAGAGCCUGGGCCGCCAACAGUUGAGCAGGAAACUACGUUUCCAAGGUCGAUACGCGCUCUCCGUAAUGCGGAUGAGGCCGACGACCACGGAAGGACGCUUGUAAUUUGCCUGGACGGCACGGGUGACCAAUUUGACCAUGACAACUCAAACGUUGUAAACUUCGUCUCGUGCCUGCGCAAACACACGCUAGGCAAGCAAGUUACAUAUUAUCAGAGCGGCAUUGGUACAUACGACAAAGGAGGUUUGAAGAAUGGAAUUGGCGCAGCAGCGGACAUGGCCGUGGGCAGCGGCCUGGGCAUACACAUCAAGGACGCCUACCGCUUUCUCAUGCAAAACUACCGAGAAGGUGACAAGAUCUGUUUACUCGGAUUUUCGCGCGGCGCAUACACGGUACGAUGCCUCGCAGGCAUGCUUCACAAGGUUGGCCUCCUCCCUGCUGGCAAUGGCGCGCAAAUCAACUUCGCCUACAAGUUCUUCAAAGAUGAUUCUCCAGAGGGGUGGAAAAUGAGCGCCGAGUUCAAGAAGACGUUCUGCACGAAUGUGGAUGUGUAUUUUGUCGGGUUGUGGGAUUGCGUCGCCAGCGUUGGGUUCAUACCGCGCAAGCUUCCCUUCUCCAAAAGCCCCACGAAUAGCAUCCAUUACUUUAGACAUGCAAUGGCUCUUGACGAACAUAGAUCUAAGUUCAAGGUGUGUCAAUGGCAGCACCAGGAUCCAAAUCUCAAGCGAAGCGCGACGGUGGACCUGACGCCCAAGGCGCAGGUCAAGCGGGGCAUGAAAAAGUCGUUCCAGUUAUUUGGGGUUGGAAAGACCAAACAGAGCAAGAAUGACGGACAUGUCGCGAAUGGAACGGUCAAUUUGAAUGAGGUGAAUGGAGUCGGCGGCGAGGGGACAGAGGAAAAGGAUCACUUUGAUGGUGGAGUAUCCGAGGACUACAAGGGCAUGACGAGGAAAGACAUCGAGCAAGAGAAACUGGAGAGAUAUUUCGAAGCGCUAGAUGCUACAAGGAGAAAGCACCAUGCAGUGAAGACUGAUGUGCUUGAAGUCUGGUUCAUGGGUUGUCAUGCAGACGUCGGCGGCGGCGCCGUCAAGAACGAGGAAAGACACAAACUUUCUAACAUCCCGCUGCGAUGGAUGAUCCGCCAAUGCUUUGAAUGCAACACAGGCAUCCUCUUCGACACCGCCGCUCUCGCCGACCACGGCUUAGAUAUGCAUUCACUUUGGCCAAAAUACGUUCCACCUCAAGAACCAACCAUGGAACCCGCUCCGAGCACGAUCGACAUGUACAACAAGUCCGCUCUUGCUCCGCUGAAUCGCCGCUCAGCCCUGCUCCGCAUUGGGACAUAUCACCGUCGCGCGGACGAAGAGGACUUCAGCGCCUUCCGUGAAGCACAUCAAUCGGCGCUUCUGCCCGAGAGCACGGAAGACUACUUCGACGCGAGGGCACCAAUCAAUGAUCAGCUCAAGCAGGCGAAAGGCUGGUGGGUCUUGGAAUUCUGGCCCAUAAAGGUGAGAGUACUGGCGAAGUGUGGGCUGGGAUGGGAGAAGAAGGUGCGCAUGAACUUGGGGAGGUACAGGUCGGUCAGGGAGAAAUCGCCAAAGCUACACUGGACGGUACAGCACAUGGUGGCCGAGGGAAGGUACAAGAUAAAGCCGAGGACUGCGCAUGAUUGCGUCUGGGAGAAAUAUGUCUGAAGCUUGGCAAUGUUUCCUAUUUCGCAAAAGUCUUGCUGGACUAUGCAUUGUGUUGUAUUCUCGCGCUGCAGAGUUGAGCAUUAAGCAUUGUAAUUCCACCAACAGAUUCCCUUUAUCAACAAUUCUUACUCUAAUAUUCAAAUCAACCAUAAUUCAGUCCAUGUUCACCAAUACUAAGACAAA